UCGGCCCGCAGAGCGCUAGCUCAGCUGCGCCGCCCCCGGCUUCCGACUUCCCCGCGGCCCCGCUCGGCGGCCUCGCGCUCUCCCCGCCCGGCCCGCAGACGCGCCAUGGGCCCCGCGCGCUGUUUGGCGCUGGGCGGCCUCCUCGCUCUGGCGGGGCUGUUGGAGGGCCGGCUCGUGCGCGAGCAGGAAGCCGGCUUCGGCGAAUGCGACCGAUUCUUCUACGCCGGGACCCCGCCCGCGGGGCUGGCGGCCGCUGCCCACGUGAAGAUCUGUCAGCGCUCCGAGGGCGCCGAGCGCUUCGCCACCCUGUACAGCACCCGGGACCGUAUCCCCGUGUACUCGGCGUUCCGCGCCGCGCGCCCCGCGCCCCUGGGAGCGGAGCAACGCUGGCUGGUGGAGCCGCAGAUUGAUGACCCCGACAGCAGCCUUGAGGAGGUGAUGGAUGAGGCUGAUGCCGUCAGCUCUGUGAACAAUCUUGGAAGCAAGCAAGCCUUGCAUGCAGAUUACCUGGGUUCUGAUUACCAGACAGGACAGCUGUACCCGUUCUCCCUCAGCAGUGACCCCGAUACGGCCACGUUCACUCUCACAAAUGCAGCUCCAAUGACCCCAUCCUUCCAGAAACGGUGGUACGUGAAUCUCAACAGCCUAAUGGACCGGGCCCUGAGCCCACAGUGUGGCGAUGGGGAAGAGCUCUACAUCAUCGCAGGUGCUGUGCCCUCAGACCUCAAGGUCAAAGACAAAGUGACCAUCCCAGAGUUUGUUUGGCUGGCAGCCUGUUGUGCUGUCCCUGGAGGGGGCUGGGCCAUGGGCUUUGUCAAGCACACCGGGGACCGGGAGGUCGUAGAAGAUGUGAUGGUGAAAGAACUUGAGAAACUGCUUCCAUUCAAGCCUCAGCUGUUCCAGAACAACUGUGGGGAAAGUGAACAAGACACAGAGAAGAUGAAAAAAAUCCUGGAAAUGGUCAACCAAGUCCAGGAUGAGGAGCGGAGGGUAGACUCUGAAGGGGACUCUGGGACCCUCUCCAGCACAAGGAGUCCCAGGUCCACUCUGCUGCCUCCAGAGGCAUCUGGGGAAAGGAGUAGCCUUUUGGGAAAACUCUUGGGCUUCACUGCUACCCCAUUCAUCAAGCUUUGCCAAUUAAUUUAUUUCCUUGCAGUCAGAAUCCUGAAGUACCUUGUAUAUUUCCUGUGGUAUGUCACCAAACAGGUGACUCAUGGUCUAGAAAUUUGUCUUUACCGCCUGGGGUCAGCCACCAUCUCCUACUUCUUGGCCAUUGGGGAGGAGUUGGCCGGCAUUCCCUGGAAAGUACUCAAAGUCAUGGUCAGGAUCACCAGGGCCAUUCUCCGGAUCCUUUGUUGCCUGCUGAAGGUUGUUUGCCGUAUCGUGGGCAUCCCUGUCCGAGUCCUUGUGGAUGUGGCUACUUUUCCUGUGUACACCAUAGGCGCAGUUCCAAUUGUGUGCAGGGACAUUGCAAUGGGCCUUGGUGGCAUCAUCUCUCUGUUCUUUGACACUGCUUUUGGCACCAUGGGUGGCCUGUUUCAGGUCAUUUUUACUGUGGGCAAGCAGAUUGGCUACAAGAUUACUUUUGACAAUCCUGGGGAGUUAUAGAAAAAAAAAACUGAGUGCCCAGUCACAGUGAAUUUGAUUUUUUUUAAAUAGAGAAAGCUGGAAUAUUUUGCCUAUAUAAUGGGUUUCUGUUCACUGUCAAUUAUUGUAAUAUUUUGGCCUUUGGUGGGGGGUGCUGCCUGUUUUUGCAAAGGAAGAUGAUACAAUUUUGACUUCACCCAAGAGAAGUGUUCAAGGUGAGAUUAUGUGUAGGUCACCUGCUGUGAUGUGGGUGAACUUCCAAGCCGUCACCUUCAGUUAUUCACUCUGAUACAGGUGACCAUGUGAGAGACUCCGGUGUUCAUUUGUGAUAAUUAAAAAUUACAGGAAAGGAGGACAACUUUAAACCAAAGGCUUUCCAAGAAAAGUAGAAAGGAGUCUUGUUCCUCCUAUUACUCUCUGAGACUUAAGGCAAAACUGAUAUAAAUAUUCCUGACCAAGUUGUUAUCAUUUUGCUUCUUUUUCUCCCCAACUCAGCUGACUUGGUGAGGUAAAGACAUGUUUCUCUAUUGAAAUAACUUUCUUAGGACAUAGAAUCUGCUAUAUCCCUUAGCUUUCCAUGGCUCCCAAGGACCUGUAAGGUUGUUUUGUUUUCUUUCUUCAAAGUUGAAUUUUGCUGCAUUUUUCCUUUUAGGUAAUGAUAAGCAUUUUAUGGCAAACGUGGCAUAACAAAUUCUGAAUGCAAGGACUAAGAUUGUUUGCCCCUUGAAUGCUAUAGUACAGUCCCCCCAGGUAAAAAAAAAAAGGGAGUGCAUAGGUCAGACCCCUGCUCUGAGUAGGUGCUGUAGGUCCGAGGGUAUCCUUAGCCAAGCUUGGAUUAACUUGACAUAUAUUAACUCUCUGGCUGAGAAGACAGAGCUCAAAGACCUACAUGUUAAGCUAAUAUGAAAAUUCAUAUUCUGCAACAUACUAGAUCAUUCUUUCUUACACUUCAAACAAGUACCCAAUACCAAAAGUAGAAAGUAGUAAAACACUCUGACUUCUGUCCUUAAAUGAUUGCUUUGGUAUAAAGGUAUAAAAAAGAGCCCCCAAAUAAAAACUCUUCUGGCCGGCCAUCUUGGAAAAAGAAAAAUCCAUAUACCUAUAUGUAAGUUUACAUAUGGAUAACCCUGAUUCAGAAUCAUUAUCUCAGGAAAUUAUUUUUUAGUGUGUUUGAGGCUAGAAAACAUAACUCUCCCAUUAAUUCAAGUUCUAUGUGAGAGCUAAUCCCCAAUUUUUUGAUUAAGCACUUGUCAUUUUAAAUCUUGCACUGAAAAUGAUUAACAGGAAGAAGCUGAAGCUCCCAGACUUUGCUCUGCCUUCCACAACUAAGAUGGAAUCACCUGGAUUUUUCUGAGUUUUCUAAAGAAUUGCUGUGGGGUAUAAUAGAAAAGGAACAAGGGUAAACUACUGAUUUUGGGAUUGCAGGCCACCAUGCAUCUGAAAGUUUGAUGCAGAAACUUGGGGUCCAGAAAGGCAACAAGGAGAGAAGGGUGGGUCAACCAUUUGCAUCAAGUUGGUGGACAAGAAAUGUGAGUGUAAUAAGAGUUACAUUUUGUAGAAAAAUAAUUGAAUUGGACCCAGAGUGGAAGAGCAGCCAGCAAGCUGCCAUCCUGAUCAAUUUGUGAUGCAAGGUAAGGUAGUAUGACACCAGACUGCGAACGUGUCAUAGGGAGCUAUGCACCAGAUUACCUAAGACUCUUAAGCAGUAUUUUACCAACACUUCUGUUAGUGAGUAUAAAAAUCUGUAUUCGGGCUUUCCUUCAUUUUAGCAGCAUGAAAGUACAUGAGGAGCAAGGGUUUGCCUUGGUACUGAUGGGUCUAGAAUCCUGCUGGAUGAAAGAAAGGGAAUUUCAGAAGGGACCAGUGAGAUGGUCUGACCAAAGCCUCAUUUGAUGAGGAAACUGAGGCCUGAUGCUAGCUGAUGGCAUAUCAGGAGCCAAGGUCUUCUGCAUAUGUCCCAUCACACCUGGGAUGUCAGAUCUGUGGUCCAGCUGCCUCCCUGGACCAGGGCAGAGUUUUCUCCAUCAUCCAUCAAACAGACUAGGCUCUGAUGAAUCAAAUGGGUUUGGCCUAUAUGAUGAAACAGCUAGCCAUCCAUGCAUACCAUCAUGCUUACUGCCUCCCAUGGACUCGAUAUCCCCUCAGAGUACUUAUUUGCAUACUGAAAGACCCAAAGAGGGCAUCCAUGGUAGCUUGAGUCCCUUGGCACCAUGGAAGGAGCAAGGUAUUUGAACUGCUGCUUGAGAACCAUUUGAAAAUGUCUUCCUUUUCAGUUCCAGUUGUUUAGCAUCUUAUUUAUUUAUUAUGGUGUGUCCUUUUUUGAAAUCUGGAAAAGAGAAAAAUAUCCCUAAGUUUAGGUGGCUGAGACCCUUUGUUCUGGACCACUGGUAUUGGCUGUGCCUCUGGUUCACUGGCUCCGGCAGGUGGCUGGACUGCUGGCCUGUUCCCAGUGAUCUACUUUGGGCUUUUGGGUGAGAGUUUGGGUUGAUGAGCCCCAUCUCUGGCUUGAAGAUUUUUCUGUGGCUCCAUUAUAUUCUUAGGCCUUUGGGGACGUCAGCCAACUCUUCAUCACUAUGGAGAUUUUCUAGUCUGGAUCAGACAUGUCUUUGGACACUUUUCUUUUCCAUUGUGCCUUUUGAGUGUUUGCUUCUCCGCAUCAGCACUUGCCCCUAAAUGCAGACGACGGUGUCAGGAGAAGGAACUAGAGUGAAACACUGGUCAUUCAUUGAGUCAUUCAUCCAUCAAACGUGUAUUUGAACAGCAAAGUUGCAGAGGUCGACGAUACAUGGACCCCAUGUUUGAGGAGUUCAAACAUCUAGUGGUGAGGACAUGGUGCAGUUGAUCCAUGUACCACAUCAUGGUAAGCCUGCAAUGGUACUAGCAGCAUGAGCCCUGAAGCACAGCAGGAAAAACCACGAAACCGUGGACAUUGGGGAAUCCUUUACAGAGGGUGUGACAAAAGUCAAUUUGACAUUUUAAAGCUAUGUACAAUGCUGUGCAUCUUACAAUGCUCAAUAAAGUAAUUGUUGACAAUG